AGGACUGCGAGGCCACGCGUCUGGCCCCCUUGAGCGACCAGGAACGACGCGAGCUGCAGGUGUUGGAGGCUGUGCUCUCGGCCCGCUUGUUGGCACGGGCCCGCUACAAGGCGGAACGUCAGACAGAGGUGUUGAAUGAGGAGGUGGCACGACGACAGAAACAAUUGGAGAUGGAACGUGUGGCGAAGCGCUCGGCCAACUCGGGUUUCUUCGGCCGCUUCUGGGGCUCCGCAGAGGAGGAAGAAGAAGGGCAGCAACCUGGAGUCGAGUUGCUGUCCAAUGAGGAGAAGAACCAGUUGCUGAACGACCUGAAGGACGUCAACAAGGUGGAGCAAGUGGAUGUCCCCAAGCAGUUCAGCUUCGAAUUCGUCUUAGGUCAGAUGGCCUUGGACUUGGUGGAUGACCGCUACCACGACGAGGUGCACAGACAGUUGAUGAGCCUCGCGUUGAGACAGGCGGGCAUCGACAUCAACGUCCGCAUGGCCACGGACUUUUUGGGCCAAGACAGUGCGGAGUGGGGUGUGAAGAUCGAUCUGAAAACCUUCCACGCCCUGCACCACACGCGCGCUUUUAUGCAGCUAAAGCCCAAUGAGGAGGGCAACCGAGCUGCGCAGUGGUUGGGCGAGGGCACCAGUGCUGCCUGCUUUGACAUUCAGAGCAAGUUGCAGAAAGAACAGAAUCUUCUGUCGAUUUCCUUCAAGUUUAUGCCCGUGGAGAUCAAUUUGCUGGAAGGAAUCGUGGAGAUGAUCCUGGACUUCUGGCGCGAGCCUGAACGCCAAGAGAAAGAGUUGCCACUGCUGGAGACUGUGGAAGAAGAGAUGGAUGAACACAUGGAAGACAUGGAGGAGUGGUUGGAGAAGAAUGCGGAGGAGGUGAAGCAGGUGGCCCGCGCCGCCUACAACCGCAUCCCAGACAAGCUCGAAUUGGAGAUCAUGAUUGCCUCACCUAUUCUCCACGUGCCUGUGACCCUGGGCACCGCCAUCUUCAGCUUGGGCGAAUUGCACUUGAAGACCAACUGCCCUUGCGAGUACAAAUGCAUGGAUUUGGAUUUGCGCCUCACCCACACUACCCUGCGGGCCACUUCUCAUCGACAGGAGCAGUUCGACAUGAUUCAGCCCGUGCCGGUGAAUGUCAUCAUCGAAUACAGGGGCCUGGAGGAAAAGAACAUGGUCAGCGUGCACAUUGAAGCCGAGGAAGAGAUGCGUUUAUCCUUGGCCCCGCAGGCUUUGCAGAUCCUGUUGCUGACUCCUACGGGCAUGAUGAACGUCAUGACUGUGAACGAACCCGACAACUCGGGUGGCCAAAGUCGACGGCACACCUUCGGACGCUGGGCAUCGCAGGUCUUUGCUGCCAAGUCCGACUUGGACGAAGAUGUGGCGCUUGUGAAGUCGGAGGUUACGGUGACGGACCGCGCCACGGGGCGCCGUGUGAGUUCGCUGGGCGAGGCCUUAGGACGCCCCCAAGCAGCCACCAGCCUGGCCGAAGAAGUCACGCAACAGAUGGAGCAAGUGCGUUCCAAGCAGUUUAUUUUCAACCUCUCCGUCAUGCUCCCCGCCAUUGACGUGGUCCUGGCCGAUUCCAUCGUGCCGGUGUUGCGCUGCCGCGGAGAGCUGACGGCGCCCAUGGUGAUGUACAAACAGAAGGAGCCGAACAUCCUCACCUUGCACGUAAAAGAUGGAGCUUUAGAAGUGCAAUCCUUGAACCCCAACAGCGGCAUGUGGGAGCCAAUCCUGGAACGUUUCCGUCUGGGCCUCGAUGUGGAGCGAAAGGCCUUCGAGAACGACCGGGACUUGCACGUACACCUCCGGGGGCACGAACCAAUGCUGGUGAACGUCACGCCUUCCACAGUGAAACGAUUGAAGUACAUCAUGCCACUCUUCAUCGAAUCGGUGACCUCCUCUUCCCUGGCUCUUACCUCCUUUUCCCAGGUGGGUGGUGACCAGGCACCAAGUCAUCCGAAUGGCGGUCCUGCGCAAGCUGUGAAGUAUCGCGUGGUGAACCUGUUCGGCUCGCCCAUCGACCUUCAUUUCCGCUCGCGCUAUGCCAAGCAUUUGACCAGCUCGGUGAAGCCUAGUGGAUCUGACUGGAAGUCCCUGGAUGUGCCCUGCUGA